UUUGUUAUUUGUUAUCACGCAACAAAUACCACAAUGGGAAAAAUGAAACGAAACCCUCUUUCUGAUCUCACUAAUUCAAACCCUUUACCAUCAUCAUCAAUUUCUUCAUCAUCUCUUCAAUGCGUUAAUUCAAUCCCUUCUUCGCACAUUUUUCAUAAUAACCAAACGAAAGCACUACCCACUCCUCCGAAGACCUCUAACAUUCGUUUGAAUCUGACUGAUGCCAAGCCAUUAACAGUUCGUUGCAGAAAGAAGCAACGUGUCAUGUCUAGUGAACAAGACGAUUUGUUUGAUUUCAUUGAAAAACAGAAGGCAUACUUUAAAGAGAUUGAUGAAUUUGAACUUGCGGAGGAAGAGGUUGAAUCUAUUAAUGAGCUGGAAUAGAUGUGAUACGGUAUUGAGAUUUGAGUACUUUAGUGAAAUCAAAAAUGUAAUUAAGCUAAUACAUUUAUUGUUGAUAUAGUCUUCUCAAUUCCCAAAUUUCUAAUGGAAUGUAAUAAGGGAAAAGUUGUUUAACACUUGCAAUUAUGCUAGUUCCUAAAUUGACCCUAGAAACUAUAAUUUGUUUCAAUUUUGAUAAA